AUGAUCCUGCACGCGCUGAUCGUGGGUGUGGUGGUGUUCGUGGUGAUCACGCACCUGAUCGAGCGGAGAAAGCUCCAGAAGAUGGCCAAACACUUCCCUGGGCCGAAGCCACUGCCGGUGGUGGGCAACUUGCUGGAGUUUGCCCGACUAGAUAUUCCCGGCGUUUUCGAACGGGUUGUCAAACUGCACGAGGACUACGGUCAGGACUACAUGAUGUGGUCACUUUUUAACUGGACCAUCAUCCUGAUGACUAGCCCGAAAAACGUGGAGAAGGUGCUGCUGGCGAAGAAGACGGAAAAGGCUCUGCUGUACCAGUUCAUCGAGCCGUGGCUGGGAACUGGCCUCUUGAUCUCGAGCGGCGAGAAGUGGUUCCAGCGGCGCAAGAUCAUCACCCCGACGUUUCACUUCAAGAUACUGGAGCAGUUCGUGAAGGUGUUCAACACCGAAACGAACACGAUGGUGGAGUUGCUGCGGAAGCACGUCGAUGGAAAGGAGUUCGACAUGUACGACUACGUAACGCUGAUGGCGCUGGACAGUAUCUGCGAAACGUCGAUGGGCACGACGGUCGACGCUCAGCACAACCCAGACAAUCAGUAUGUCCAAAACGUCAAGAGAAUGGCUGUCCUUGUGCUACUCCGCACGCUGAGCAUCGUGGGACCGUACCCGACACUGUACGACCUCUUCCACCCGAACUCCUGGGAGCAACGGCGGGUCAUUCGGGAGCUGCACGCGUUCACGGACUCCGUCAUUCGUAGCCGCCGGGAACAGCUGGCCAAGGACAAGCAGGAGAACGUGAACUUUGACAUGAACGAAGAGAAUCUGUACUCCAAGCGUAAGAUGACGUUCCUCGAUCUGCUGCUCAACGUGAACGUCGAUGGCAAACCGCUCAGCGAUCUGGACAUUCGAGAGGAGGUUGAUACCUUCAUGUUCGAGGGCCACGACACUACGACCAGCGGAAUCUCGUUCACGAUUUACGAGCUGGCGCGCAAUCAAGACGUGCAGGAGCGCGUGUACGAGGAAAUCGUGUCCAUUCUCGGCCCGGACCACAAGACCGCCGAGCUGACCUACCAGAACCUGCAGGAUUUCAAGUACCUCGAUCUGGUGGUGAAAGAAGGUCUCCGAAUGUACCCACCGGUGGGCAUCAUUGGCCGGGCGCUGGUCGAAGACUUGGAAAUGAAUGGCACCGUGGUGCCCGCGGGACAGAAUAUUCUUGUUCCGAUCUACGUGAUCCACCGGAACCCGGAGAUAUACCCGAACCCGAACAAGUUCGAUCCGAACCGGUUUUCGGACGAGGCCGAGUCGAAACGUGGCCCGUUCGACUAUCUACCAUUCAGCAUUGGGGCACGGAACUGCAUCGGCCAACGGUACGCCCUGAUGGAGAUGAAGGUGAGCCUGAUCAAGCUGAUUGCCAACUACCGGAUCCUGCCGGGCGAGUCACUGAAGAAGCUGCGCGUGAAAACCGAUCUCGUACUGCGUCCCGAUAUCGGAAUUCCGGUGAAGAUUCAGCUGAGGAAGUAA